AUGACCGAGGCACCGGUCUCACUGCAGUCACUAACGCCCCUUGACGUGAAGCAGCUUUCAAGGGAUCAAAAGCGUCAGCUCCUACGGCAGCACCGCGAGAACCCAUCACGCAGCGCGAACGUUGUUCUCUUGCUAGGGACGGAUCUUCUUGCUGGCGGCACUGGAGGCAUCGGCUCCGCGGAACUGUCAUGCAUUUACGAGCAGAUUCUUAUUGCGGCGCUGGACUGUGGCAGAGUUGACAUGGCGCGGCAAUAUCUUUCAGUCCUGUAUAAAUGGUUUGGGAAGCAAUCGGUGCGGGUGCGUCAUCUUGAAGGGUUGUGUCUGGAGGCGGAGGGGAAGUCGGUGGAGGCGGAGCGUUUGUACCGCGCCAUUCUGAAGGAGCAUCCGACGGAUCAGUUCGCCGUCUUGCGUCUUUCCGCCAUGUUAAAAAGUGAGGGGAAGUACCAGAAGGCCAUUGAAUUAUUAGAAAAGCAGCAGGUGUACACCGAUGAGAAUGGUGAGAAGCACACAUUUCUUGAGGUACACCGCGGCGACAGUCUCUCCGUCUACCGUGAGUUGUCAAACCUCUACUACCUCUGCGAGGACUAUCACAUGGCUCUUCAUUACGCCGAUGAGGCAAUGCUGUUCAACAGCAACGAAUAUCUUUCUCACACACGUCUGGCGGAGCUGUACUACAUUGUAGGCGACUACAAACGCUGCCUUGUUGAGUACGCACAGUCAUUGCGUCUCAAUGGCCACGCGAACAACUGCCGGGCCGCUUAUGGCCUCUGGCUUACGGCCAACGAAGUCGUGCGGCAGGCGAAGGCGGCUCCGAAGUCGUCGGAUGGAGAGCAGACGAAAGACGAAGCGGUAGAACUGCGGGCGUGGGCAGAAAAGAAGCUGUUGGAGAUAUACAAGGGCAGUCCGACGCUUUCGGCUGUGGAGGCCAUGCUGCAGCGUGUGGCGUGA